CCAGAGGCGUGGAGCACUCAUUUUUUCAAAAGUCUGUGAAAUGUUUUUUGAAACAUGAAUGGCAUGCUCAAUGCAGAAAGACAUAGUUGUCGUCUUCACACCCUGGCUGACCAGCGUAGGAGAACCUGGUACUGACAGACUAAUUUUAGAAAAUGCCAAGUAGGAAAUUUGCCGAUGGUGAAGUGGUAAGAGGUCGAUGGCCUGGCAGCUCACUUUAUUAUGAAGUAGAAAUUCUGAGCUAUGACAGCAGAUCCCAGCUUUACACUGUAAAAUACAAAGAUGGAACUGAACUCGAAUUGAAAGAGAAUGAUAUCAAGCCUUUAACAUCCUUUAAGCAAAGGAAGAGUGGUUCAACUUCCAGCUCUCCCUCCCGAAGACGAGGGAGCCGGGGCAGCAGAGGCAGCAGGUCAAGGUCACGCUCCCGAUCCCCUGGCAGGCCACUUAAAAGUUCCAGAAGAUCUGCCUCUGCCUCCCACCAGGCUGACAUUAAGGAAACAAGAAGAGAAAUUCUGGAAGUGAAAUUGACUCCACUUGUAUUGAAGCCAUAUGGAAAUAGCGUCAACAUAUAUAAUGGUGAACCUGAACACAUCGAGAGGAACGACUUACCUCGUAAAAACAUACAGGAGAAAUUCAUUCUGUCACAAGAAGGUAGUUACCUAUCCACACAAUACAGCCUUCGUCCAAGAAGACAGGAGGUCAAAGUAAAAGAAGUAGAUUCAAGGGAAGAGAAACUUGUUCCAAAAGGACCUGCAUCAUUGAGAACCUUCAAAGUGUCCCCCCCGCAGAAGAAGGAAUUGGAGUUUGGAGGAGUCCCUGGUGUGUUCCUCAUUGUGCUGGGCCUGCCUGUUUUCCUCUUCUUGUUGCUGUUGAUGUGUAAACAGAAGGAUCCCAGUCUGCUGAAUUUCCCUCCUCACUUGCCAGCUUUGAACGACCUGUGGGAAACCAGAGUAUGUGGAGUCUACCUCCUCUGGUUUUUUGUUCAAGCACUGUUCUCCCUGCUGCCGAUUGGGAAGGUUGUAGAAGGAACACCUCUUGUUGAUGGAAGAAGACUCAAGUAUAGAUUAAAUGGUGAUUCUUUUUAAAGACUCAAAUUAAUGACUUGAUAACUUUCACACUCCUUAUACUGUCAAAGCUGAUUACACUAGAGUUAGUAAAUUAUCUCAGUAGUUUGAAGACAUGUACAUAAACCACUUAUAAAAAGUGCCAUUCAAAGUAUCAUAGCCCCUCAGUCACUCCUACUAUCUCGUUUUCUUUUCUUUUUCCAUUUUUUUGAGGCAGGGUCUCCCUCUGUAGCCCAGGUUGGCCUGAAAUUUAGCAUC